AUGCCUGUUGUUAACAACUCAGAGGUCAAGCUCUUCCUUCUGAUUGGAAUCCCAGGACUGGACUAUGCCCAUGUUUGGAUUUCUAUCCCCAUCUGUCUCAUGUACCUCAUUGCUUUCAUGGGCAACUGCAUCAUCCUCUUUAUCAUAAAGACAGAGCCCUCACUCCAUGAGCCCAUGUAUUAUCUCCUUGCCAUGUUGGCUGUCUCUGAUAUGGGCUUGUCUCUCUCCUCUCUUCCUACCAUGCUGAGGAUCUUCUUGUUCAGUGCCUUGUGGAUUUCACCCAAUGCCUGUUUUGCUCAAGAAUUUUUCAUCCAUGGAUUUACUGUCAUGGAAUCCUCUGUACUUCUAAUUAUGUCUUUGGAUCGCUUUCUUGCCAUACACAAUCCCCUAAGAUAUAGUUCUAUCCUCACUAACAAAAGAGUUGCUAAAGUGGGACUAAUCUUAGCCUUUAGGAGCAUCAUUUUAGUGCUUCCAUUCCCUUUUACUCUAAGCAGAUUAAUAUAUUGUCAAAAGAAUCUUCUUUCUCACUCAUACUGUCUUCAUCAGGAUAUCAUGAAACUGUCUUGCUCUGACAACAAGAUCAAUUUUAUCUAUGGCUUCUUUGUUGCUCUCUGUACUAUGCUGGACUUGGCACUGAUUGCUGUGUCUUACGUGCUGAUCUUGAAGACUGUACUCCACAUUGCAUCUCUGACAGAGAGGCUGAAGGCCCUAAAUACCUGUGUCUCCCACAUCUGUGCUGUGCUCAUCUUCUAUGUGCCUAUCAUCACCCUCGCUGCCAUCCAUCGCUUUGCUAAGCAUAAAAACCCGCUUGUUACAGUCCUUAUAGCAGAUAUGUUUUUAUUGUUUCCACCCCUGAUGAACCCCAUUGUGUACUGUGUAAAGACUAGACAAAUCCGUGAGAAGGUCUUGGGGAAGCUGCUGAACAAAUGUGUGAGAUAG